UAUGCAUUUAAUUCCAAAAUUGACUAAAUUAAACAAAUCUCAAGAAGACAUCUCUGCUAUUCAAGAUUAUCUAAGUCAAUUACCAUAAUUUCAAGUUCCCUAUGAAGUUUUGAAAGAUGUAUAAAUUAAUUUCAAAUAUAGUUGUCCAAAACAAUAGGAUAUAUUUAUUUUGAAACUGGUCAAAUAGUCUAAUAAAAUAAUAAAUUUGCAUUAUAUGUAAUUAAAGGAUUACUCUAAAUAGAAGACAAUAUAUAAAUUCUACCUGAAAUGUGGUAUGAUGGAGAUUUAGGUUUUGAAGUUAAAGUAUUUAUUAAUUCAUAUUCAAUUCUAGUAAGAUACCCAUUGUUUUGCUUUACCAAUAUAUUUAUACAAAAAGUUUAGCUCUAUUCAUGGUGUUUAGUAUUAAUAAAAGAAAAAAUCAAUAAUAGCCAACUUACCUAUUAUAGAAAAAAUUGCUACAAAAAUAUAAUAAUAAUUGAUAAGACUAUUCUAGGAGGUCAAAUUUGCUCAUACAGAUUUCAUAUUAAAAAUGGAUGAACCUGGAAAUGCAUUAUUUAUUCUGCAAUAAGGAGUUUUAAGUCUGAGUAAAAACUAUUAAAAAGCUCUUUCACAUUAUGAAAAAUAAGUAUUACCUAGAAAAUUUUGGUUUAAUGAAAUUGUUAUAUGCGAAUUAAUUGAUUAAGGUAUUUUAGGAGAAGAAUUUACUCAAUAAGAAAAGGCAUUAUAUAAUGUUUAAGUAAUAUCUAAAUCUGCUUCUCUUUUAAUGAUAUCUAUGUAAUAACUUAAAAAUAUAUCUCCAUAAGUUAUUUAAUAUGUUACAAAAAUGUUUAAAGAUAAAACUAUUUUGAGAGAUGAGAUAUUUAAAUAAAAAUGUCAAUAAUUAGAAAAGAAUUGGUAAAAUACAAAUAAAGAUUAAAUGCUAAAUUAAGAUAUAUAAAAAACUAUAUCCUUUAAAGUUUUUUCUAAAUAACCUUCUAGUUCCCAAGAUUAACAAAGUCAAACAAAUGAUGAUCAAUUUGGAGCUCUAUUUGGAAAUUUAUCUUAUAAAAAGAUGCCAACAUUCAUUUAAUAAUACUUCAAAUAGAAACAUAUUAAACAUAAUAAAAUACAAGAUCAAUAUCAUUUAAAUUAUUCAAAUUCAACCUCUAUAAAUCAUAUUGAUUCAACUUUUGACCCAUUCAUUUUACUUUAAAAAACAUCAUAAAAAAUGAUAGUUUAAUAAUGUUCUUUAAAAUAAUAAAGUGGUUUUCGUUUAACAUAAACAAGAUAGAUGGAUAGAAAAUCUGAAUUAACAAAAUCAUAGUAAAUUAGACCAAAUACUACUCAAAUUAAUGUUUAAUAAUAAUCUUCUAUAGUAUAAAUUUUGUAAUAAUAAUAAUAAUAAUAAUAAUAAUAAUAAUAAUAAUAAUAAUAAUAAUAAUAAUAAUAUUAAUAAUAUUAAUAAUAAUAAUAAUCAAUAAAUUAAAUAGAUAUUGUAUCUAAAUAGUAAUUAAAUAUAUAAAAAACUAUUUUAUAGAAUUUUCAUAUCCAAAAACCUAUAAUCAGAUAAUUAAAAAGAAUUUAAAGGAGUUCUUCUGUUCAUAAGAUAGAUAAUAUUCAUAAAAAUAAAAGUAAUUUUAAUAAAUAUAUAGCUCCUAGAGAUAAUAUGUUUUAUCUAAAUUAAUAAUAAAAUUAUUUAGGCUAAAGAAACAAAGUUAACUAAUUAUUGCAUAAUUCUAUAGAUUGA